GGCUAUUCAUUAACACAUGAUCUUUAACAAUUUUCUAAUUAUUAGUACUUCAUAUAAUGUACAGCUGUUUUGUUUCCUUUAUGAGAUAAACUACCCGUUUAUCUGAUUUUAACUACGACAUCAUUUUGACGAGUUCAUAGAAUUUUGAAUACACAUUUCAUAUCUUUUACGAUAUUUCAGAAUAUAAAUUAUUAUGGAUUUGUCAUUCCUUGUUUAUUCGAUUUUGCCCAUUAUUUUGUAUAUAAACAUCUCUUUAACAAAUGGGAAACCUUUCGAUUCAUUGCUGCGUUUUUUGCAAUCUCAAGAACCGGAUUAUUCAAACAAACCAUUCGUCGAGGAAAAUAAUGCUACUCCUUCAUGGGUAGACGAACAAGAUCUAGUAGCAGAAUACGAAUCAUCUCAAUCGGAAAGGGUUAAUGAUUUGAAAUUAAGGGCGAUACAAAAACGUAGAGCAGCUAACACACUAAGGUCAUAUUCUGAAGGAAUUGAAAUAGAACUCGAUAAAGCCAAGAAAAAAACAAACGGAGCAAAAAAUUUGGAUAAAUUUAAACUCAAUGCACAACUGGAAGCAAAUUUAGCCAGAGCAGCGUUGUUGUAUAAACAAGCUGAUUUAUUGGAUGAACAAGCUCUCGAAGCAAAAAAAAAGUUGGAAAACAUACACUUAUCACCGAACAAGAACAAUGUAUUAAUAAGAGAUUGUAAUUUGUUGAAGAUUGGACCUUUGUACUAUUCGUCACGUGUAGACAAUGUUAUUCAUAAAAGUGAAGAACCUCUAAUGGCUAAAUUGACGGGAAAUUCAUUCAUGCUUUAUCACAAUAAACAACCACAAUUGACCUUCUAUCUUGUGGAUGUCGAGCUUCCUACAAAACCCGUAGAGGAUGCGCAAGGUUGUUUUUCAUUUAGAUAUAGAGGUGCUGAAGAAGUUUUGUGUUCUGGGACACAACUUUCUGCUCAUACAUGGAUGAACGCGAUAAGCGAAGCAUGGUUUUGCAAAAACAUGGGUAUAAAGGGAACUCUAGUAAACAUCAAAACCACCAAACCACAGUCCGAAAAUGAAAACACUAUAAUGAAACAUGCACUAAAAAAUGAUGAAUCGAACAAGGGUUUAAUUAAUAUGGAAGUCUCCGUUGAUGAUAAAAAUAAAACACACUUACUAGUAAAUGGAAAUGAGAAACCGGUUUCUGCAGUAUCCAACAUAUUAGACAUAACGGAGAUUCUAAAGGGUAAGUGUGAAGAUAUUCCAUUUCUUCUUUCAGACCAAAAGAAAAAACAAUCGCAAAAUUAA